CACCGAGAUCCCUCGUGAUUUCCUCGCCACGAACGAAAAAAACACCCGUAGACAGGAAAAGAAACGCCUCCCUCUCCCUCGACCCUCCUUCUCUUGCGCCGCCACCACUUGCUGGCUUCCUCUCUCCGACGUUGUCCCGAUUUGCCGCCGUCGCCUGUCCCUCUCCUACCACUCCGCCCCCAGUGCCGCCUCCUUUCCCCGUCGCCGCCUCCUCCCGGCGAACCGCAGCCCUCCAGAUCGGCGCCGCCCCAUCUUCUCCUCGCUAUUCUCCUGGCGCCGCUGAAGCCCUUCGCCUGCCCCGCCGGCGCCGCUGCUCCUACCCCGCCGAACCUUGGCCUCCAUCUCCACCACUCUUCCCAUGAAGCGAAGCAUGUGGUAGCGUGGAGGAAGGAGUUCAUGGACGGAGAGGUCGCGUGUGCGAUCGCCGAGGAAGAUCCAGCCAUCGCUUGGGAAGGAUGGUGGUGGUUGUUGUUGUGCGUGCGUCUAGCUUGUCGAGGAUCAGGAUUAGCAUCUCGUCAGAUGACUGUUUGUUCAAAGCACACUAUUUCCGUUUUCAGUGCAGGAAGGCAUAGGGAGAAGCUACAGAAGGUACUUCAGAAUUUUCAGAUGUUCCCUAGGAUAUAUGAAGAGGGUACAUGCUAGCCUAUCGGUUUUCAGUAGUCAGUUUUUUCAGAUGUUAUAUGAUUAUUUCCAUGUUCAUAUUCCUGCAGUUGAGCGUGAUCCUGUUUGUGCCGCUGGAUAACCUCUAUACAUAGAGAAGGGCUACAAUAUAUUUAGUGGUAAGAGCUGCGCAGGAUUAUUGGCUAUUGUGAGGAGGUUGGCAACAAGCAUGGCCUACAUUCCUCGCAAAAAAAAAAACAAGCAUGGCCUACAUGGAUCAGUAUCCUUCAUAUCCUUCAGAUGUCAUCGGAUAGCGAGAGCGAUGGAAGCAAUGACGAUGAGGAAGAGAUGAUUUUUUAUAAUCAUGUUCAAGCUCUGACUGCUAUUUACCAUGUUGCGGCAAACAUUGCUGUGAAUUAUUCUAGAACCUAUCUCGAUAAGGCGGAUCCAAAGACCUCUAUAUUUCAGCGGGAUGGGUUGGUUGAAGGAGACACUAUCAACACCUGGAGAGACCUAUAGGAUGUUGCGUUUGAACAAUCACGCCUUCUUUGGCCUGCAUGACUUGCUGGUGAGAAAAUAUGGUCUAACCGCAUCCAUACAUGUGAGUAGUCACGAGUCGCUCGCGAUUUUCCUUUGGUUCUUGGUGGAUGUGAAUCAAACCGGAAAACACAAAAUAGGUUCAAGCACUCAGGUGAGACCAUUAGCAGGAAGUUUGAUGAGGUUCUUCAUUGUGUCGUAAAGAUGGCGACUCACUAUUUGAGACCAAAGGACCCAAAUUUCCGUGUUGGCCAUAAGAGGAUUAGAGGUGACAAAAGGGCUUAUCCGCACCUUAAGGAUUGUAUCGAUGCACUAGAUGGUACUCAUAUUCGUGCAUCACUUCCUGCUGAUCAACAAGUGAGAUACAUUGGAAGGUCGGGCACCGCAUCUCAGAACGUGUUGGCUAUUUGUGAUUUUGAUAUGCGCUUCAUUUACGCAUCUAUUGGACAGCCGGGUGCUAUGCAUGAUACAAGUGUGCUAUACCAUGCCAAAAGAGUGGACCACGACAUCUUCCCGCAUCCUCCGAAAGGUAAGUACUAUCUAGUUGACGCCGGUUACCCUAAUCGGCCAGGGUACCUUGCUCCAUACAAGGGUGAGAGAUAUCAUGUCCCUGAUUUUCAUAGAGGUGCGGAGCCAUCUACUCCAAAGGAAAAGUUCAAUAGGGUGCAUUCAGCUGUUCGUAAUGUCAUCGAGAGGUCUUUCGGCGUGCUGAAAAUGAAGUGGCGCAUAUUGUUAAAGAUGCCUAAUUAUUCCAUGGAUAAGCAAAAGUUGAUUGUGGCGGCUUCCAUGGUGCUUCACAACUAUGUGCGCGAGCACCAAAGUGGGGAUCGGCAUUUCAGUAGGUGUGAUCGAGACCCAAAUUAUGAGCCAACAAUUCCAGAAAGGUAUCAAAAGUAUGCAAUUUCUCAAAGUGCAUCCGAUGGGUCAACACCGGAGUUGAAUGAUACAUCUAUGGAUUCUUUCCGCAACUUCAACAAGCUCGCGACCGAUAUUUCUCUAGGUUGGUAAUACAUCAUGAAAUUUGACGUGAUAAAAGAUGAAUAUUUCUGUAGUGUGGUUAUUGGACUAUGU